AUGGUCCGUCUUCUCACAAUUGUUGCCGUUCUCUUUGCUGGCGCAAGCAGUGUUGCUGCUUCGUACUGCCAAUGCCUCUACCCAGACGGCAGCCACUGCUGCGUUAUCGACAACGAAGCCAAUGAUUGCACGAGAAUGUGCAUGAGGGCGUCUCAGGACCAUACAACCGCCGGAGAGUGCAAGGCCAACGGCAAAUUCUCCAAUGUCAGCAGCUGGAACGCUCAGCACCGCACGCAGUGCGAGCCACCCUUCAUUUACUAA